AUGAGAACGAGGGAACGUACACCAGCGGUGCUGAUCGCAGUCCUGCAUAAUCGUCCGUGUCAGCUAGUAAUUUCAGCUCUAUCGGCACGGGAAAACAUCAACGUACGUAAAAAGCUCCAGGAAGAUGAUCAAGCUAGCAUCGUGAACCUUGCGAAGCAAGCUCCAAUUCCGAGGAUGGUGAGGAUUUCCUUUGGCCCAUUGAAUAUGAAAACCAUCGCAGGCCACUUGCAGCCUGAAUUCGGACAAAUAUGGUUCCAGAACGUCCUUGUCCACCACAACCGGGGAUUUUUGCACUUCCGACAUGGUUGUCUCUCGGCCCACGGAACCAGCUUUCAUGCGAAGGACUCAACGGGAUUCAAAGAACGGGAGCAGGGAAGAGAGAGAUAG